CACAUCCAUGUGAUGGACACCAGAAGCAAGCAAGAAGCCCCCAGCUAUAGAACUUUGAACGGGGCAGUGGAGAAGCCCCUACCCCUACCCCGGUCUGUGGAAGAGUCCUAUAUCACCAGUGAGCACUGCUACCAGAAGCCCCGUGCCUAUUAUCCUGCUGUGGAACAGAAGUUGGUGGUGGAGACACGCAGCUCUGCUCUUGAUAAUGCAGUCAACUCACUCCGUGAGAAUGGUGAUGAUUCCUUUUCCCCUCACCUGGGCUGGCCUCUGGACCAAGACAGGAACAGAGGGGACAGCGACCCCAGACCCAGUCCCCCAAAAGUGAGGGACUGUGUCUCCAAAAAGGUCCUACCAGAGGAAGCCCCUGCUCGGAAGCUGCUGGACAGAGGUGGAGAGGGGUUGGUGAGCUCCCAGCAUCAGUGGCAAUUUAACCUGCUGACACAUGUGGAAUCUCUUCAGGAUGAAGUCACACACAGGAUGGACUCCAUUGAGAAAGAACUGGACGUGCUGGAGAGCUGGCUGGACUACACUGGGGAGCUGGAGCCCCCGGAGCCACUGGCCAGGCUUCCACAGCUCAAGCAUUGCAUCAAGCAGUUGCUGACAGACCUGGGCAAGGUGCAGCAGAUUGCUCUCUGCUGUUCCACAUGAAAUUGGGCACUCAAGACUAAUGAGGGCACAAUCCUAGGGUACCUGCAGGAAGAGCUUCGUAUAUUUAAAUAAACCUAGCAUGCUGAAUGCAAGUGAUAUCGACUGA